AAAAGGGGACAUGGAUGCCUCUCUCUUUCCUCGCCUUCCUCUGCCGGGGUUCCCUGUCUGUCUCCAGUGUUGCCCUAGACCACCCUUACCAGGGGAACCCUGAAGGAGAAGAGUCAGUUUCUCUCCUGAAGGUUCUCCUCAUCCUUCCUGGUCACACCAGAGGGGUGCAGGCUGUGUCGCGCCCCCCCUCCCCUCCUGCUGCUCUCUACACUCCUCCUAUCACUCUCCAAUAGGACAGAUCUGAAGGCCAGGGAGGUUGCCCAGCACACUGCCGACUCAGAAGCAGCUGCCGCUGACACCUUCAUGUGGUCCCCCUCACUCUCAGCCAGUAGACCCCCUCACUCAGCUUGUUGUGAAGCAGAGCACCGCCUUCCUCCCCUUUCAGGAAGGAAGGGGAAACCCGUAGAACUUAGGAUUCUCGUGAUUUCUCCUUCAAACUGCUGAUUUCCUGCAGAGGGAAGUGGGGAAGGGAGGUCUCCUAGAGCUGUUCAGCUGCCUCCCAUUAAGUCCUCAGGGAUUUGUCCUUCCAGUCUCCUUAGAAUGUGGUAGUGCAAGUAUGUGCAUGUGGGGAAGGGGGUCACGGCAGAGGAAGAGGGUGGUGACUUAGAAUUUUUUGUUUUCUAGUCGCACUUCAGCUGCAAUUGGAGACAAGAGCGAGCAUCUCUUUAAGAGCCUGUUCUAUUUGCUCUGCAAAUUCUCACUCUUCACAGCAGGCACAAUUCAGAAUGAGGUCAGACUUUCAUAUUCCUUUUUCUCAAAACCUCCUCUCCAAACUUGACUCUCAGUUGACAGCUUUGCUUCCUAUUUCUCUGAGAAAAUAGAAGCAGUUGGAAGAGAACAACUGUCACACCCAUCACCUCUGCCUCCGCCCACCCACACCUGGGUUCUGCCUUCUUUCCCGACCUGUGAAUGUUGGUGUGUGUGUUUGUGUGUGUGUGUGAGAGAGAGAGGGAGAGAGAGAGAAAGAGAGAGGAGGAAGAACCAGAAUGAACAGAGGAAAGAGAUAACAGACUUAAUUAUAUGCAUAAUGUUAGAAUAAAUUGAGAAGAUGACCUGAACCACAGUAUGAACUUCUCAUGCUAAUCAAGUUAAUAUAUGUGUCCUGGAAAACAGAAAAGAUCAUGAGUAACGUUACAGGGAUUAAUGGUAUUUUUUGACCUGCUAAAUGAUGGCACUUCACUUGCUUUUUUACCUGAUGGCUAGAUGUUAUCUAGAAGUCUUGGCAAUAUGUACUUUUUAAUCUGCAAAAUUAGCAUUGGUCUCCAUCUCUGGGCUUCUUCAACCACCAUUCUCCAUUUCCUCUUCAGUCUCCACCCCUGCAGGGCAAGUUAAUGUGUAUCUUUGUAAAACAGCCAGAGCUCCUGGGAGUGUGAUUUCAGUCAGUCAUCUCCAUGGAUCACCUCCUCAAGGGAUGGGGUCAAAUUAAGGACCAGGGGUCAUCCAGACACCAUAGAGGGGGCAGUCUUGCCAUCAUUUUCUCAUCCUUGGGGUUUGGGUUUGAGGAAACUGACACCUAUGGAGUUGGUGCGAGCUUCCUUUGGGGAAGGAAAGACAAGAGCAGGAAGAAAGUUGCUAAGUGAUGAGAUGGAGCUGGGGCUUAAACCCAGGUCUGCUUGUCUUCAGUCCUACUACACCCUAAUUGUUUGCUAUAAUUAGAAAGUGUUUCCCUAAUCAAAGCCAGAAUGAAACCCAGGAGUGAGAUGUUGGUGGCAGCAUCUGAUGCCCUGUCUUCACCUUCCAGCUGUGAGGUGACGUCAAAAGGGAAGUGAGUAGUGGGUUUGAGAUGCACAUUGUGCUUUUGUACCUCUUAAUUUAAAAAAAAAUUCAUACGCAUGUAGAACUAUUAAAAACCACACUUGAAAAAAUUGUGACCUCGUUUUGUAGUCAUAAUCAGGUGAGGCCCAGAAUUAAUUAAAUUUAUUAAUUAAAAUAAUAAAAUGUAUUUUAUAUUAGUAUGUUAGUUUAUAUUCCCCCCACUUCCAACCCCACCCCUAAACUGAAGGCCUGGGAUCCUGAAGGAAGAUGAGGAAGCUGGGAGUCUGAGUUGGGAACAGGCAGGCAGAAAAGGCUGGAAGGGAUUUCGUGGAUUCCAGGGGUUAAAGCCUAUAAUUUCCUCUCUUUCUCUCUUCCCUUCCACCCCCCAUCUCUUCCUCCCCUCUCUUUCUCUCAAAACAAGCGUUUAAUGAGCACCUUCUAUGUGCCCGGCAAUGUCUAGGUAGCAAGCACACAGCAGGGAGCCUGAGCAAUGAGCGCUGGAUAUUGAACCCGGCAUCCUCCAUCUCUCAUUUGCCUCCCCAUGUUCCCAGAUCCUAGGCAAGUAAAACCAUCCAAUUCCAUUCUAGGAUGGGGGGCCUCCAUGUGGUCUCAAGAUCAGGCCCCUUCCCACUGCCCUUCUCUAAAUGAGCAACCCCUGCAGAGUACCAUCCCUCCCCACCCCCUCCCCUUAGCAAAUACUGAGCACUGGCUGAGGGGCAGGCGCUGUGCCAGGUGCUUGGGGACACCUCAAUGAACAAAAGAGACCAUAAUUUUGCCCUCUGAAGGCUGAUAUUCUCCCUGGGGGAGACAGACCAUAUACACUGAUUAUAAGCUGGUCCCCACCUGUGUCUCCUGUAGAAAAAUCUCUAUCCUCACCUUCUAAAACAUGUCAGUUCACUUUCCAGGGGUACCCCGCUUUCUUGGCGCCCUGAAACAAUACUUCCUCGGCCACUGGUCUCUGUGAGCAUUUGUUUCCUCACUGGUCACAUGGAGACGGCCUUGGUAAGAACUCACAGAAGACUGGCAUGAGAACUGCAGAGUCCUGGGCACAGCCCCAGAAAUUCUCAGUCAGCGUGUCUGGAUUGGGCCCAGCAGUCUGCCCUCGGUCCCCUGGGUGAUUCUGAGCAACUGUACAUGGAGAGCACUGGACCAGAUGAUGAGUGUGAAGGGAGGGUGCUCUCUGCAUGUCAGCUGUGCUGAUGCUGCACGGGGAGCACUGUGCUGGAGUCAUUGGAACCUCUGACCUGGUGAGCCAGCUCUGAUCGUGCUGGGGUGUCCACGAGAGUGCCGUCCUCCGUCUCCUGCUCUGGGGAACCGGACUGAUUCAUGGUCCCAAUUGCUGCCCUUCUGAAUCUCCUCUCGUCUUUGUGCAGAGACCGUCCCCAGCUAGUGACUGAGCCAGGCGGCGCUGCUAACACAGCUCCUUCUCGUAAGAGACGGGCUGCUAAUUUAGCCUGAGACUUCAGCUGAGGCUUCCCCAUGGCUUUGGCCAGGACAUUCUAGGAACCGGUGGUAUUCCAGGACUUCCUGUGCAGCCCUCUUUCUUCACAGAUGCCAGCCCUCCAUCACCUGCAGGGUCUCAAGGUCCUUGCUGCCAUCUUCUAGUCUUCACAAGUGUUAGUCCCGAUAAAUCUCUCACACAGCUAGUCCCACCCUGGCUUCUUUUCUCUGAGGACCUGGAGCUCUACACCUGGCUGGGUCUCUGACACCAGUAGUGCCCUGUCUGCUGCCACUCUCCUUCCUGAUGGUUGCAGCGCCCGAGCAGUGGGAUCACACACACGAGGGGAGGCGAAGGCUGGCCCCUCCAAAAUAAUUUUAUCCCCGUCUUGGGUGGCCCUGGCACAGACUGUUGGUGCAGAGGUUCAGGGCAUGGCCUCUGGUGCUAGCUUGUCCUGCUUCAAACCCCAACUCUGCAUGAGCUCGAGCAGGGUAUAAGCCCUCUGUGCCCUGAAGCUGUAGAUAGUAGUCCCUUCACAGAACUGUGGUCCAGAACAUUCCAUGCUGCCCUGUUGGUGGGUUCUCAGCCUCACAGCAGCGUGCUGCAAUUCCACGAGUGCUGGGCAAGUACCGUGCCUCCCCCUUUCCCUGAGCUGUCCGGAGCGAGCACUCUGUGGUUUCUGCUGCUCCUUUGAAUGAAGAGGCCAAGCGGUACACUGGAAACACCCUGGUUGCAGGCCAGCUCUGCCACUUCCAGCAGCACCGUCUCCUCUCCAUAGGUCGUUUUCGUUCUCUAUUUCUUGGUUCCUUUAUCUGUGAAUUCAAGAAGCUGAACAUCCCUUCUUAGAGGUUGGACUUAUUUGUAGCCUCAAGAUUCUAUUAAGGAUAGUACUCUCAAGAGGCCAGUUUCAUCUUCUUUCAUUCUUCCUGGUAAAUGUACACUAAACACAUAUUGUUGACUCAGCUCUAUGCUGGGCACUGGGGACUGAAAAAUGAAAACAGAGGGUCUUUGCCCUCAAGCUGUUCAGAGUCCUUCUAGGGGAAUAAACAUAUCCACAGAUGACUCCAGGACAAUGAGGGUUUGUGAUUGCUUAGAGAUGAAAGACUUCUGCCUUGGGUUUUACUAACAUUUUAUAAUGGGAAGUGGGAGAGGUGCAGGAAAUUGUUUCCUGAUGAUGUUUGGUUCAGAGAGGAAGGACAAUGUGUUUCAAUGUCCCCUGCCUUAAAAAAAAAAAAAAAAAAAAAACUAUUUUCAUUGAGAAGAAACAGAAAAACUGGGUAAGUUAAACAAAGAGGGAGAGUUUUCUUUUACAGGUCAUGAGGCCGGUUAAUGAUUAGUGAGACCCAAGUGGGUGUUUGGUGAGAGGCUGGGUUAUGCAAUCUCUUCGUCAUUAGGGAUCAGUUCUACCCCAGCUCUGAGACUUCCAGCUCAGUGAUGCCCCCAGACUUCUGGGAGAGAUGCUUCUGGUUGUGGGGUCUCCUUUUGUGGCUCAGUGUUGGAAGUACAGGUAAGUUGGGGGCCGUUUCUUGGGUGAAACUUCUUUCAGUCAAUAAUUCUGUUUUUUUCACACCAUCUAUUUAUGCAGCACUAACCUUUGGAAGGUCCCCUGUAAGUCCUCUCCUGAGAUGAAUUUAAAAGAGGGAGAAAAAACCUUUAAUCAUAAGGGGAAUUAUGGCACUUCCUUAAGUCAUAAAAACUAAACUUCUAGCUGUUUUACUCAUUUUUCUAAAAUCUACAUUAUUCCUUUUCACCUUGCACAAGACAAGAAGAGUUUAAGGAAAUAAAUGCAAAAUUAACUCCAAAAUAUGAUUCAUUUUCACACUAUACAUAGUCACUGUUCCAAGAUGUAUUUAAUUUUAAAAUCAAAAUUUUCCAAACUAACAACAGUUUUGUCAUUGAGGUUGUUAGAGGUUUUUUCUAAUCUUGCUGACCCAACUCAAGUUCAGGUUUGUCAUCCCUCCUGGUAUGACUAUAAUAAUUAAUCUGUUAAGUCACAGAUGACCUGCGACCUUUAGCACAAUUUCCCUCCGAUGUGAAAACCCCACCCACCACUCUCUCUUGCUUAAUAUAGCAAAUCUAAACUCUCCUAUGGUGUAGACAGUCCGGGAAGAGUGAAGAUCCCCUUCACUGACUAGCAGUGGCAUCACCCUUAGAAAGCUCCCUUUCCCCUGCCCCCAACAGCCGACUGCUUUUCUGUCACCUCCACAAGACAUUUAUUUAAUUCUCAUUCCCCAGCUUUACAACAUGUCUGUGCAUUCUGCCUGCAGUUUCUCAUACUACCUUCUCUGCUCUUCACAUCUUCCAGGAAAGCUUCCAUAAUUGAUACCACCCUUGCAGUACUGCUUACCCCUUCCCUGACUCAAUGGGUGAUGUUGAAAAGGUCUACUUAGUUUUGAGUGUGUAUGUGUAUGUGUGUUAAUCACUCAGUCGUUUCUGACUCUUUGCAACCCUAUGGACUGUAGCCUGCCAGGGCUGUCUAUGGGAUUCUCCAAGCAAGAAUACAGUUCCUUCUCCAGGGGAUCUUCCCGACCCAGAGAUAGAACCCAGAUCCCCUGCAUUGCAGGCGCGUUCUUCACCAUCUGAGCCACCAGGGAAGCCAGUUUUAUGUGUGCUUUUUUCCUAACUCAGUCAUGUAUUUGUGUGUGUGAGUGUGUGUGUGUGUGUGUGUGUGUGUGUAUAAAGUGAUCAUAUAUAUUGUAUUGUGAAGUGACUGUUUAUAUACUAUACACUAGAUCUAAAAGGAUAUAUGUCUUAUACAUUUUUGAUGAAUGUGAAAAAAACUGCCUUGUAAGGAAGUUAUAACUGUUGAUUAGUAUGUGGGCAUGUUUGUUUCCCCCUCUCUCCACCAACACUUUGUAUUAAUGUUAUCAAAUUUUUUCAUAUUGUCAAUCUCAUUGGAAAAGAGUAUUACAUUAUUGUCUUAAUUUUUAUUUUUAUUUUUUUUCUUAAUUUUUAUUUCUUAUUACAAUUUGUGUCUCUGGUGUCUUGUUUAAGCAAUCUUCUUAUAAUCUUUCAUAUUUACUUCUAAACUCUAUGGAUUUAAAUGAAGAUCACCAGGGGCAAAUCUUUUGGUCAUGGGGUAUUUUUUUCCUAUUCCCAUGGGGUAUUUUUUAAUAUGAUGUUGAAUUUUAUUUGCCAACAUUUAUUUUAAUUUUUGCAUAUAUUUAUUAUUUUGUAUAAUUGUUCAUAAAGGAAAAUUAUCUAUCAUUUUCUUUUCUUUUAUUGCCCUUCUUUGGUCUUGAUGGUGCUGCUACUAAGUUGCUUCAGUCAUGUCUGACUCUUUGCAACCCUAUAGACUGUAACCCACCAGGCUCCUCUCUCCAUGGGAUUUUCCAGGCAAGAAUACUGGAGUGGGUUGCCAUUUCCUUUUCCAAGAUGAUUAUAACUGCAGGAAAUAAGUUUGUUCUAUGAAACAGUUUUAUAUUGGGUUGGCCAAAAAGUUCUUUCAGGUUUUUCUAUUCUAGACUACAGAAAAAUCCAAAUGAACUUUUGGCAAACCAAAUAUAAGAUAAAGGUUAUUUAUGAUUUAUAGGUUUGAUGGAGUUUUCAAAUAAAACCAUCCGGCUCUAGCACAUUUUAUGGUGAGAGAAGACUCUUGAUUACCAAUUCAAUUUUUUUGUUGUUCUAAUAGGUUUGUUAAGAUUUUUAUUUCUUUCUGGUUCAGUUUCAGGAAAUUAUAUUUUUCAUUGCUGUUAAGUUUUCCAAUGCAUUUGUCUGGGAAUUUUUAAGAAUAUCUGUUAUACAUAAUGUUCUGCAGUUUCACUAUCACCUGUCUAGUAUAGAUGCAUUUAUUUUUUAUCUUGCUCAUUACCCUGAGUAUAACUUUUGAUUAGAGAAAUCAUAUCUUUUUUUAGUUACAGAAAAUUAUUUGCAACACAGCUUCUUUUCCCAUCCUCUUCACUUAGAGAACAGCCACUAGAUAAAUGUUGGAGCUUCUCCAUGUGUUGCCUGUACUUUUUAACUGCACUUUCAUAUUAAAAAGCUUCUUUUACUUCUUCUGUACUAGACAGUAGUGUACUGAUUAUAUUUUUAUUUCAAUGACCUUUUCACUUCCAAUUUCUAAUUAGUUUUUUUUUACUGUAUAUUUUAUCACUUAUGCCUGUUUUAUUUAAUAAUUUCUUAUGCUCUGUCUUUAUGUUUAUCCUUGUAUAUAAUCUCAGCUUACUAACUUUAAACCUUUGUCAACAAUUUUUUAAACUUUAUUUCACCUGGAAUGAAUCAAUGAUUCACUCAUUGACAAUCUUUGUAAAUGUUUGAUUUCUUUAUAUAUUUGUUUGCAAGCUUUUUUAAAAAUAAAUUUGUUAUUGAAGUACAACAUAUAUACAGAAAAGUACACAGAAUUAAUACACAUAUGAAUGAGUUUUUAGAGUGAUCAUCCAGAUCAAGAAAGAAAACAUCACCAGUUUCUUAAAACCCAUUCCCCAUAUCCCAUCUUAAUCACAACUGCACCAAAAGUAACUAUUACCUUGACUUCUAACACAAUAGAUUAGGUUCAUUUUAAUUUUCAGUCUCUCUUCGUCUCUGUGUCUUCCUUCUUGAGCUCUCAUCUUUGCCCUCUCUCCUUCAGAGAGUCGGGGUUGUUUCAGCUUCUGUUAGUGAGGCUUUGUCUUUCCAUCACAUCUUCCUCAAUAAAGCCGUUGCCCCAGUAGAAAGUUUCUGUGUGUGUUGUUUUUAGUUUCCUUUCUCGAGCUGGGGAGUCCUUCUCUCCAUUGCUGGCUACAGAUGGGUCUUCCCGACACCUGACAGAGCACUUUGGACCCCUCAAACCCCACAAACCUGAAUUCUAACAAACAUUGCCUUCUCCCAGACCUGAAACCCAAAACCAUUUUGCAGUUCUGUUCUUGUUCAUGGAGGUAUUAUUUUUACAUUUGAGAUUGUUGAUGUCUGUUUCUCUCUGUCCUUUUGGGUAUUCAUCUGUGGCUACACUUUGGUUGAAGUGGUGCAUGCAGCAAGAGGGUAUCUGAGCAUGAUUCAUGGGGCCACGCUCCAUAGUCUUGAAUGAUGGACAGUUUCAUUCUUCAAAACAAAAUUAUUUUUAUUUAUUUAUUUCACUGUGCUGAGUCUCAGUUGUGGCAUGUGAACUCUUAAUUGUGACAUGUGGGAUAUAGUUCCCACACCAGGGAUUGAACCCAGCCCCCUGCAUUGGGAGUGUGGAGUCUUAGCCACUGGACCACCAGGGAAGUCCCUGGACAGUUUCAUUCUAUCACCUGCAAAUAUUGGCAAUUUUUCACCCCUUUUUCAAACAUCAUAACUUUUAUCCUAUUUUAUUAUCUUGUUUUACUAGCUAGGACUAGAACUCCCAGUCCAAUAUUAAAUAGAAGCACUGAUAGCUUACAUUUUCAUGUUCCCAGUUCCAAAUGGAAUGUUUCCAAUAUCUCACCAGUGAGUAUAAUCGUUGCUAUAGGCUUUUGGUAGAUAGCCUUUCUUUCUUAUGUUAAGGAGUAUUGGGUACUGAAUUUUAUCAUUUUCCCCCCUACGUCUAUUGAGUUGAGCAUAUGUUUUUUUUUUCUUUAAUGUGUUUACAUGUGAAUUACAUUAAUAUAUUUUCUAAUGUUAAGCCAUCUUUUCAUUUCUUAGACUAAACCCUGCUUGGCCAUGAUGUAUUUUUAGUUCUUGUUACCCUUGAAGGAUUUGAUAUUUUAUCUAGGGUUUUUAUGUCUAUGUAUAAUAGUGAAACUGGCCUUUAGUUUUCCUUUCUCCUUCUUUAUUUGUCCAGUUUUGACAUUUUGGCUAUUUUCAUAGAAUGAUGGAUUCUAUGGAAUGAAUUCUUUCUCUCCUUUUCUAUUCUCUAAAAUAGUAAGGUAGGAAUUGACCUGUUGGUAGAAUUUCUAUGUGAAAUCUGUCCUGAUAUAGUUUUUUGAGGAAUAGAUUUAAAACUACUGUUUCAGUUCCUUUAUGCUACAGCUUUAGAUUUGAUUUUCUGUUUUUUUCUUUCUUGACUAAGUUUUAGUAAGCUAUUUUUCUAGGAAAUUAUCAAUUUAGGAAAACAUCUGUAUUUUUAAACUGUUGGAUGGGUAUAAAUAUGCUUCUUUGUGGUUUAAAAAAUUUUAUUGUGUUUACAUCCCCUUUUAAUUCUCUGUAUUGUUUAUUUGUGACUUCCCUCUUUUUACUCUUUCUUACAGAGAGUCCUGUGGAUGGAGGAGCCUGGUGGGCUGCUGUCUAUGGGGUCGCACAGAGUCAGACAUGACUGAAGCAACUUAGCAUGCAUGCAUACUUUGGAGAAGGAAAUGGCAACCCACUCCAAUAUUCUUGCCUGGAGAAUCCCAGGGACAGAGGAGCCUGGUGGGCUGCUGUCUGUGGGGUCGCACGGAGUAGGACACAACUGAAGCGACUUAGCAGCAGCAGCAUCAAAAGGGAUGCACCUCCUACCCCACAGACGAAUUGUGCUGACUUCCAGAAUGCCAAUCUCCUCCGAGGCACCAAUCUCAAAGUCCAGUUUCUCCUCUUCACUCCUUCAGAUCCCAGCUGUGGGCAGCUAGUGGAAGAAAGUAGUGACAUCCAAAACUCUGGGUUCAAUGCCACUCUAGGAACCAAGCUAGUUAUCCAUGGAUUCAGGGCUUUAGGAACAAAGCCUUCCUGGAUUGAUAGAUUCAUCGGUGCCCUUCUGCGGGCAGCAGAUGCUAACGUGAUUGCUGUGGACUGGGUGUAUGGCUCCACAGCGGCCUAUUUCUCAGCUGUGGAAAAUGUGAUUAAGCUGGGACUUGAGAUCUCCCGUUUCCUCCGUAAACUCCUGGUGCUGGGUGUGUCAGAGUCCUCAAUCCACAUCAUUGGCAUCAGCCUGGGGGCCCAUGUAGGGGGCAUGGUAGGACAUUUCUACAAUGGCCAGCUGGGACGGAUCACAGGCCUGGACCCUGCUGGACCGGAGUACACCAGAGCCAGCCUGGAGGAGCGUCUGGACCCUGGGGAUGCCCUCUUCGUGGAAGCCAUCCACACAGACACGGACAAUUUGGGUAUUCGGAUUCCUGUCGGACACGUGGACUACUUCAUCAAUGGAGGCCAAGACCAGCCUGGCUGUCCCACUUCCAUUUAUGCAGGCUACAGUUAUCUGAUCUGUGAUCACAUGAGGGCUGUACACCUCUACAUCAGUGCUCUGGAGAACUCCUGUCCACUGAUGGCCUUCCCUUGCACAAACUACAAGGACUUCCUUGCUGGACAGUGUCUGGAUUGUUUCAACCCUUUUCUUCUUUCCUGUCCAAGAAUCGGGCUGGUAGAACAAGGUGGUGUCAAGAUAGAGCCACUUCCCAAGGAGGUGAAGGUCUACCUGAUGACCACUUCCAUGGCUCCGUAUUGUGCGCAUCACAGCCUCGUGGAGUUUCACUUGCAGGAGCCAAGAAACAAGGACACCUGCGUCACAGUCACUUUCCUUAGCAGCAGGGUCACCUCCCUGGUCAAGGUUACCAUACCUAGACAGCAGCGUGUCGGAAAAGGAGUCCUAGCUCACCCCAGCCCUCAGUGCCAGAUAAACCAGGUGAAACUCAAGCUUCAGGCUUCCCACCGGGUUUGGAAAAAAGACCAGACGACCAUCAUCGGGAGGUUCUGCACUGCUCCUCUGCCUGUCAAUGACAACAAAAAUAUGGUCUGCUUACCUGAGCCAGUGAACUUAAAAGCAAGUGAGACUGUUUCUUAUGACCUGAAAAUAACCUGUAUAUAGUAUAUGGGCAGGAUACAUCCCCCCUGGAUUGGGGGUGGGGGAUGAUGGGCAUUCAACUUAUUCUAAGCCAUUAUGACUAAGAAAGAAUGCAGAAGUCUUGUUUACUUUCUCCAUAAUUAGCCACCUUAGAGGGGAGAGAGAGUGCUCAUUUUACAGAGCUUUAUCUCCAUUGUCUGUUGAAAGAGUUUUACAAAGAUACCAUUUCAACCUUCCUAUUCAUACUUAACUGCAAUUGCCCCAUGUGCUUGGACAACUGUACCUAGGAUUCAAUGGAAACAUAUA